ACAGCACUCGCAGUGGGGAAAGGGAGAAGUACGUGUGGCGGGGCUCGUUUCCUGUGUAUGCAUAACUGAUAUCCUAUCCUUGUCAGCGGUACUCUUCAUUCAGCCGAUUCUUGUUUCUCUGGAUUGUAAGUUAGCUUCACUAGGGAAAAUCUAAGACCAAACAUAGUGGUUAGGGUGGUGGAACCAUGGCUGUGAACCUCAGCAAAAACGGCCCAGCACUAACUGCUGCUUACAAGGAGGUGGUGGACGAAAAAUCCAAUACCAACUGGGCCUUGUUCACCUAUGAGGGAAACAGCAAUGACAUUCGAUUGGCUGAGAAGGGAGAUGGGGGUCUGGAAGAGCUGGUGGAGGAGCUGAACAGUGGGAAGAUUAUGUACGCCUUCUGCCGGGUCCUGGACCCCAACUCCGGCCUGCCGAAAUACGUCCUCAUAAACUGGACUGGUGAAGGGGUGAAAGAUUCCAGGAAGGGGCUGUGUGCCAAUCAUGUGAGCUCUAUGGCCAAUUUUCUAAAGGGAGCCCAUGUGACCGUCAACGCCCGCGGCGAAGAGGACGUGGAGCCCGAGGUCAUCAUGCAGAAAGUGGCCAAGGCCUCCGGGGCCAACUACAGCUUCCACAAAGAGUCCAGCCGCUUCCGAGACUCUGGCCCCCAGGGGCCUGUGGGCUCCGUCUAUCAGAAGACCAACGCCAUGUCCGAAAUCAAAAGGACCAAUAAGGACACUUUCUGGGCACAGGCUGAGAAAGACGAGGAGAAGCGGAGGCAGGAGGAGAGGAAGAGGGUGGAUGUGGAGCGGCAGCACCUGGAGCAGGAGAGGAAAGACAGGGAGGUGAAGGAGGCGGCGCAAAGAGACAAAAAGGACAAGGAGAGGGCCAAUCAAAUCGACCAGCAGAAGAAGUACCAGCGGCAGCAGGAAGCUGAGAAUAGGGACCAGGAGAGGCACCAGUGGGAGGAGCAGGAGAAAGAGUUCCAGGCCGACCAGAGGAAGGGCAUCAAGCGCGGGGAAUCUGUUGAGAAAGCCCAAGCCCCUGGCCCUGUACACACCACAGUGCUGUGUUCUGGGACUGACCCCCUCUCUUCUCAGGAGGCCGCGUCCCUCAUCUCCCAGCGCUCGAUGAACCCCAGGGACAUGUUCAAGCAGAGGGAGCGGGGCGUCGCCCCCGACAACAGAGAGGCCCCGCCCAGCCCCCAGCCAGGGCGGUUGCACAGCCCCUUUCUGUCCCAGCAGCCCUGCGAGCCUGAACGGCCAAGCUCACCCCCCCGCCCGGCCUCGCCAGUGCCCGCUGCUCCCGCCUCCCCCGACCGUGCCACAGAGCCCACUGUUGAAGAGCAGUCCAGGUCUGAGUGGGAGGAACAGGAAGAAGCCCCCCAGGAGGAUCACGAAGUGGUACAGGCAGAACCAGAGGAACCGGCAGCUGUGAAUGAGCAGUGCUACGACUCCCCCUCACACGAGGUCGACCCCCCUGCAGCCGAGGUGUACGAACCUGCCCCGGAGGCAGACGACAUCUAUGACGAACCCGCCCAGGCAGAGGAGCCCAAAUCGUAUGAGGACCCAGCGGAGGACACGGCCAGCCGGGGCAUCUGUGCCAGGGCUCUGUACGACUACCAGGCUGCCGAUGACACAGAGAUCUCCUUCGACCCCGAUGAGGUCAUCACUGGCAUUGAGAUGAUUGACGAGGGCUGGUGGCGGGGCUACUCCCCAGAUGGUCGCUUUGGAAUGUUCCCGGCCAAUUAUGUGGAACUUCUCUAAGCCUAGUCUCCACCCUCUCACCGGAUCAGCAUAUCGGAGCCAUGCUGCUCCCCCAGGCCUAACCAGGCUUCCAGCUCGCUACACAGGGGACCAAUUGGAUCAACAAAAAAGGCUUCCACAUUCGAUUGGUAUAUCAUUAAAAAAGAUCUACUGAGAAGUAGUCAGGGGACCAAUGGGAAAUUUAAACAUACCCACAUCCAAGAAAGCUUAACUGAAAGGGGUCUUAGGAUUUUAUUAUUAUUAUUAUUAUUAUUGUGAUUAUAGUAGACCUGUUAUUCCAUAACACCAUGUAUUUUAUAAACCAAGAAGUAACCCCAAAAGUUGAAAGCUGAUGUGCAUGUUUUAGCUUAGGAUUCCUCUGUGAAAAAAUUGAGAGAACUUGCCUUUUGCAUUACUCCAAAAAAACCCCACAUUUUCUUUAAUUUACAAAUCCCCUAUUUCCCCAGUGUUUUUGAAAUCCACAUGGACAUCCUAGCAAAAAGGUUGCUUUAAGGCUCACUGAAGGUGCCCAUCAUUUCAUGUUUCAGGGAAGCUGGGCAGUGCUUCUUUAGUAGUCACUCGUGGGAGUUACUAGCCUUGUGUUGCCUUUUACUCAUUAAGGAGAUUUUUUUUUAAAUGGCAGUUUUCUUGUUUCUUUCAUCCUAUCAUGUAAAUUGAAAUGGCUAAAACUGAUUUGAUUGAGUGAAUUGGAGACCACAGUUUCCAUUGCAGUCAGAUGAGGUAUUGGAACAGAAGUGUACCGUAGUUUUGUGACUGGCUGUUUAAGACUUGAGUAAACUUUGAGAACCGGGGGUGGAAGUGUAUGAGGAGCAAUUAACUGGUAAUAAGGCAGUUUCUUCUCCAUGGCAACGCCUUGUGACCGAAGUCGACCAUGCCAGGCCACACUGCUCGCGUGUCCACAUACUGUAAUUUGGAAACUUCCUCAACUUCCCCUUUUUGGUUCAGUGCAAAUAUAAGAAUAAUACAUCUGGUUUUGCAGCUCUGAGCCUGAGGAGGGCUCCAGUAUUGCAUCAUUGAGAGGUCCUGCUGAAGGUGCUGUUGGAAGUCUUUCUGAAUAAUGAGCUCUGACUAGUGCCCCCCCCACCCCCCCCGCCAACCCCACUGCUACCUGAACCUCCAGCACACGCAGAGCUGAGUGGACCCAGCAGGGUGGUGUGGGGGCUGAAAUUAUGUCUGCUUUCACUUGUUCUAAUCGCAGUCCCGAAACCAGCCUUUCUGCCAGUCUUUUUUUUCUCUUUUUUUUUUUAAACAUGUAAAAAAAACAAAACAAAAAAACGAUUGUGAAAGAAUAAUCAUUCUGUGAGACAUUUGUCACUUUAAUGAAAAAUAAAGGAAUAAAAUCAUGGAAAA